AUGCCUAGAUCCGGUGUCACGCCGACCUACAGCUAUCCGACCCCCUCCUCGGCCCCUGCCUCCGUUCCCUCCGUCUCGUACGCCCAUGAGAAUACUUAUGCAUCAUUUCGGACAGAUAGCAAUGGGUAUCACAUCGCAUCGGCGAACCAUGGCUCGCUGAAGGAGCAAAAUCUUCCGGGGAGCAAUCUGGACCAUGAUAGCCGCCAGGGCCCCAAUCCUAACCCCAAUUACCUCAACAAGCAGGAUCGUCGAAUGGUGUAUCGUGAAGCUCCCCUUUCCCCCUUUGCAUGCGACAUGAAUCCUCCCCCGUCGCAUGACCAAGGGCGUCGGAGGUCCUUGGGCAGCAGUGGCAGUCCCGCGUUUCCUGGUGUUCAAGAACAACAACCCGCUGCGCCGCCGUUGGGGACGCGCCGCAUGCCUCCACCCUCGCCACCACAACAUUAUCCAUCAAGAAACCAACCGGGAAAUGCUCCUUCUCUAUCCACUCCCUUCUUGUCGCGUGAGCCUCCCAGCAACCCGGCUCAUCACCGUCCAGGGAGCAGCAUGUCGAUAUCGUCCAUGCUUGGCUCGGACGCUGACCGACCAGGCCGGGAUGUAGGCUCUUCGUCCAUCUUCUCGCGUCUCCCAGUGUCUUCCGCCCCUUAUGGGAACGCGCACCCCCCGUCGGCCCCCGGCGCUAUGUCGCCGCCGACCGCGCCCGCGCGUCCGUCCCCGCUCGAAUAUCCGAGUUUCCGACGGUCCCAGACCCCCGAAAAGCCCUUUGCGAAGAACCAGCCGUCCCGCCCGUACCGAUCCGGCUCCGGCGGUGUGCCCCAGACCAUUGCCGACCAGGCCAAAUUUGGGGGGCUGUCUCGCGUACCGCCAUCGUCGCAGUAUCCCGAUAAGCCCAACUCAACCCACCCGUCUCCUCAAAUUGCAUCCGCCGAAGCCCCGUAUAACGAACCCCGUCGCUUGAGCUUCAGCGGGCCUGUUCCUCGUCCCAGCAGUCAACCCCAACACCUAGAACCCCCUGCGCGCACCACUGGAUACAGUCCAUUGUCACGACCUGUCGCUGUUGCUGGUGUCGGGGAUGGUCCAUUUGCUGCCACGCAUCAACGAGCUGCAUCGUAUAUGGGACACGAACCCCAACACACCAGAUACGGAGGUCUGUAUGCGGAUCGACACGCGGAGGAGCAGGCCCACCGCGACCGGGAAAGAGCGAUCGCACACGAGGCUGAAUCCAAGGCUGCGUCUCACCCCCCGUCCCGGUACGGCCCGCCUUAUGGGGACCGGGAGACCGCCGCCCAUCGGCCGCAGGGCGCAUCUGCCUGGGACGUUGGCCGCUCGCAGCCACCGUCGCCGGAGACGAAGCGCUUCCCCGUUCCUGAGCCAGGCUCCGGGUUCGGAUUUGGCGCCAUUCAAAGCUACACCAAGUCUUUGGCCGUCACUCUCCGUUCAUCCCCCCCGAGCCAGCCACCCCCUCCCUCGCACGACCAGCCGCCGUACCUGAGCAAGCUUCAGACCGAAACCCGCGGCUUCCCGGCGACGUCAUCGUCCGUUGGCCCACCAUCGUUGAUUCACUCGGCGUCGUCGGACGACCAACGACGCAAAGGAAGUGACGAACUUUUGGCGCAUCGGAACCUACUCGGAGUUGGGUUGGACUCCAAACGCGGGGGACGCGCGUCACCACUCCCCCAGGCUGUGCAAGGUGCCCAGGCUCAGAUCCUCGGUCCUGCAGGCGACUCGGGCAUCAAGAACGAACUCGGUCGAGUGUUUUCUGGCAUUGGAAGCGGUGUCGGUGGCGUCACUGCUACCGCCGGUGGGAGUGGCCCGUCAACCCCUAUGGCCCCCAGCCCUUUCAAGCGUGACAGUGCGCCGGGCCGGUCUGCCAACGGGGAGACAACCGUGGACGACAUCAGAAUUUCUCGCCCGACCUCGGCCAAUGGGAAGCGACAGAGAAAGUCGCGCGACGAAGAUAGUCGAGCGGAGAGUGAGGCAGCUUCCCUGGGAGCCGCCCGCGGCCGGCGGAAUCGCCAUCUUCAUCACCACCACCAUCAGUAUGUGUCUCCUGGUUACAAUAGUCUUCAUGCGUUCCAUGCUGACGUUCCCAGCCACCACCAUCACCGCCACAAACCUGAGGAAGAGGCUGCCGCUGCUGCUGCCGCCGCCGCCGCUCUUGGCUCCAGUCGUCCCCUAUCUUCGGUGAAUUUCUUCCAUCGAACGGCCACUCCCGGAGAAGGCACCCCAUCGGCCACGGGUUCAGCUCUCGGACAUCAUCACCACCAUCAUCAUCAUCACCACCACCAUGCUCCCCGACCGGCCGCGGCUGGCGGUAGUGCUCCGGCUGUGACCCCGAUGCGUGAGCCUCGCACGGUGGUUACUAUCGAGCCGCUCCUAGCGACUGUGGCCCAUCUCCCCCGACAUCACCUUGGGUCAACGUUGUAUGCGCCUCGGAUCGGAGUCCCCACGGAGAAGGCCACUCUUGAGAGUGCCAAAUUCGGAUACACAACGACCCCUCUACCCCUACCUCGCUUCGAAGGCAAGGAGAACUGCACGUUCACCAUCCGUGUUCCCCGGUUCCGCAUCGACACGGGCCAUCGCGAGGAAAUCUGCGCUCGCCGCGCUCUCUGGGGCACGGGCGUGUACACAGAUGACUCGGAUCCAGUGGCCGCGGCGAUCCACUCAGGGUUUAUCCGCGGCGCGUGGGGCGAGGACGUGGAUGUGGAUCUGCUGGACUUGGAGAUUAAGGACGCGUACCAGCACGCCCCCAAGACCGCCCAGGAUGUCGGUGCCGAGGAUGGCGAGCGACCCCGAGUUCCUCCGAUACCCCCGACCGACAAGGACCUGCACAUUACACUACUGAUCCUGCCCCGUCUGGAACACUACGAUUCCAGCGUACUAUUUGGGCUGAAGUCGCGGGCGUGGGAAGGAUCACACGACGGGAUGAGCUUCAAAGUGCAGCGCGUCGAGUGGGUGGACGAAGGAGUCGGACGCGGCGAGGAGCGCAGCGGUGAGGCGCGACGCAAGCGCCUGCGCAAUCUGAUGCAGACUGGACGGAUCUGCACUGGACCGGGGGUGGUCAAGUUGGAGCAACUGCGGAACGGGGUGCAAAUCCCGCGUCGCAAGCAGCUGGAAAGCCAGGAGCAGCCGUCGCCGAUGCCGGUGUCGUGA